CGGCGACGUAGGUGAAAGAUGUCGGAGGAGAAGGCGAGUGUGUUGUCGUGUAAUUUCUGCAGCUGCAGAUACGGAUGCAGCUCUGAGCAAAGUCUUGGGGAACAAGACAAUGAAGCUGUGCGAGAGGUCCAGAGGUUACAGCUUUUGAUCAAGAGAAUGAAUGGUAAAGACGACAGUUUGAGUUUCUCCGAGGUGCUAUCACUUCAAACUCACCUAAAGGAGGUUCGGCUCAUUGUGAUUGACCAAAAGAAGAAGAUUAAGCUUGAAGAAGAUAAAAGGCUUCGCAAUCUGAAGAAGGAAGCAGAGGGUAGUACGAGUCAGGAGAAACGAGAUCAUGAAGCACCACUGCUUAAGAUGAAGAGAGAAUUUGAGAGACGUAGCUCUGAACCCGUGCAGAAGCAGUUUGAGAGAUUGUGGCUUUUUAAUGAGAGGAUGAAUGGCAGAGAGCUCGAGGGCAUGACUUCCUUUGAGCUGCUCCUACUUGACACUCAGAUACUGCGUGCAUUGGCGGGUUUGAGGGACCAAGAGCAGGGACCAAGAAGGGAACAGAUAGCAAAGCUGCAGAAAGAGACAACAAAGGAGCAGGACAUUGUCAGGGAUGAGAGCCAUCGUGGUGACAUUACCUCGCGGAAAAGAUCUAAACCGGCGCUUCUUACCGUUUCCAGAAAGCUCAGAAGUUUCCAAAACCGUCGUCACAGGACCUUGCCAUGAAUUCAGACCGGUCUAACCAGAGUCAAUGUGAUCAUCUGCCUUUGUGGCUUAGCAUUCUCUAAUCUACUGUGUCUUGUCCCCUUGAGUCAAGAGAGUUUAAUAAAUCUAUUAAUGUUUCUUAACUUUUGUAGUGUUUAUCUAUUGAAAACGAACUAAUUUAGGGCUUGAGUCCGUGGGUGGCAAGUUAUCAGAUGUUGACGUUUUAAGAAAGACACAGCCUAGUUACGUAUUUAGCCUUUGAUGAGACCUUUUUAACAAGGGAGGUCGAGAACCUUCAAAAUGUCUUCACCGGAACGGUUUACUUUGACAUCUUUUUUGACUUGUGACACACGCAAGUACUUGUUUGUAUAUGGAUG